AUGCGGUUUAAAAGAAACAUCAAUGAGGCUACCUUGCAUGUGAGAAGUAUUAAUGGUGAUUUACUGAUAGUGUCAUUGUAUGUAGAUGAUCUUCUCAUUACUGGUAGUAAUAUCUCAUUUGUCAAAGAAUUUAAGAAGAAAAUGCAGAAUGUGUUUGAGAUGACUGAUCUUAGAAGGAUGUCUUAUUUCCUUGGAAUGGAAGCUCAUCAAUUUGAGGAAGGAACUUUCAAAAAUCAAGAGAAGUAUGCUAAGGAGAUUUUAAGGAAAUUUGGCAUGGAGAAUUGCAAAGCAGCUGAUGCCCCUCUAGCUCAAAACAAAAAACUGAGAAAAGAAGAUGGAUCUAAUAAGGUAGAUGCUGGAAUUUAUAGAAGUUUAAUUGGUGGUUUGUUAUAUCUAUCUGCUACAAGACCUGACAUUAUGUUUGCUACAAGUCUAUUGUCCAGGUUCAUGCAAGCUCCAAGUGAAAUUCCUUUUAAAGCAGCAAAAAGGGUGUUAAGAUAUGUGAGAGGAACAACUAAUCUUGGAGUUUAG